AUGGCGCAACACCCAAUUGCUACUUUGAACGAAGAGCUCAUCCCGCGCCUGCCUCCCUCCUCCCCGACCCUCUUCGAAGCAAAGAAGAAGAAGAACCUAUCUUUCGAAGCCAUCGCAAAGCACGUCGGGCGCGAUGAAGUAGCAAUCGCCGCUCUCUUUUACGGUCAAGCCAUGGCAUCCGCUGAGGAUAUCAAGAAGCUGUCUGAAAUUCUAGAGAUUGACGCUGGGCUGCUCGAAUCGCAGCUUGGAGGCUUCCCUAACCGAGGCAGCACGCUCGACAUGCCACCAAAGGACCCGACCAUCUACCGCCUAUACGAGAUUGUGCAGAACUAUGGACAGGCGUACAAGGCGGUUAUGCACGAGAAGUUUGGUGAUGGCAUCAUGAGUGCGAUCUCGUUCAGCACAAAGGUAGAGAAGGAGACGGAUGACAAGGGCGAGUGGGCCAAGAUCACGCUGAGGGGCAAAUGUCACGCUCGUACCUCCAAGAACCACCCCCACGAACUCACGAGAGUCGAUCACGACCACGAAGCCAAGAUGCCAGCCACACUUGAGCCAAUCCGACGCGUCAAGUGUACCUACAAAGACUGCAACAUGUCUUUCGAGACAGAGAAGAUCAUGAAGAAUCAUAAGAAGAACACUGAUGAACACGAGUACUGUCACAAGUGUGAUGAAGACUUCGAUACUUUCGAGGACUACGCCAUGCACAAGAUCACGCGUCCAGAAGAGCACAACCUGGCAUGCCGUGUCUGCGGUGACGAGUUCAAGAGCAAGUCAGGCCUGAAGCGCCAUAUUGAGCUCAAUCACAAGGUCAACCAGAAGCUCACGUGCAUUGGCUGCCAGAAGUCUUUCUACCGCGCAUGCCUCUUCAUCGAGCAUCUUGAGUUCGGCCACUGCGACGUCAUUUCCGCAGCCCAGUUUCAAGGCCACAUUGUUCACAAACAUCUGAUUACAGACUUGUUGAAGGACGGCCAGCAAUUGACUCGCUUCCUGCAGAAGACGUCCAAGUACGAGGCAGCCAUCGACGAUGAUGUUCGGAGGACUGGGGUUUCACUUGACGACGAUCCUCUCGACGACGAGCAUGAGAUAGGAGACGUCCAGUACGAGGCGAUCAAGCCGGAGAAAUCCGAAGAUGAGGAUCCCCCAGUCUUCUAUGGCCGGUACCCUCCUCUUCCCUCUCAGGCCAAGUCCAUUCCGGACGUAGACGCGGCAAUCGCGCCGAUGAUGGGUGGCAUCUCUCUUAACGGAGAUGCUGGCAAUGACUCCGAUUGUUCAACAGCCGUUGGAUCUCCUGUCGUCACUGGCUAUCCUGCACGUACUGGUUCUCUUCCCGGACACUCUCAUCAAGGUCAGAGUUGCUCUUCUAUCCAUGAAGGCUCCGCCGUUCAAAGCUCAAACACCCAAUCAUCCAGUCGCCAGACCAAGGUCUGGGGCUCCCGCAAGGGCAAAACAACAAGCUCUGUCCUGUUCCCCAACGCUAAGCCCAAGGCUCCUCCCAGCGACUUCUCCAUCUCCGCCCACGACGAAACCAUGGAAAAGGAGCACGGUCCCAACCUCCUCAGCGAUCGUUUCUGGGAUCCUAUGAGUGACGACUGGAACCCCGACCGGUUCUACGACCCCAUCGUCAGCAAGUACUUCUGUCCCUUCAUCUGCGAACAGUCUUUCCCCAUACCCAGCGACCUAAACACGCACAUCCUAGGCGAUCACCGCAUAACCCGCAUGAAAUGCCCCAAGUGCCUCAAAUACUUCAAACACGCCACUGCACUCAUGGCGCACUGCGAGUCGCGUGGUGCCCGCUGCAAUAUCAACCAGACGGACAACUUCGCCAUCUUCCUCGACCGUAUGUCUGGGGGCUUCCUGGGUGUCGAGGAGAAGAUUCGGCCUGAUCACCUUAAUACGCGUUCUGUUAUGAUCCAGAACUCGGAGACGGGCCAUAUGGAGCUGUACAAGCCGCCGGUUGCGAGCUAUCUCCAGUAUGAGGUUACGACGCCCCCGGAUUGGAAGAAUCCGGUUAGGCAGGGUGUGACGAUUGGGGGCAUGGGCGGGGGAUCGCGGUGGUGA